GAGGUUAAGAUUUCGUGAUUUUUGAUUUUAAGAAAAUUUCAAAUAAAAUUCUGAAAUGUCUGCGGGAAUUAAAUUUAGCGGAGCCCUAAGGGAGUUGCGAGUGCACUUGUGCCAAACCAGUCCUGCUAGCAAAGGCGUCAGAGAAUUCAUUGAAAAACACUAUGUAGAGCUGAAAUCGAGUAACCCUAAGUUCCCUAUUUUGAUUCGGGAGUGUUCCGGAGUAGAGCCGAAGCUGUGGGCCAGAUUUGAACAAGGCAAAGAAAAGGCAAUAUCCUUGAAGGAUUUAUCCGCUAGUGAUGUUUUAUGCAAGAUUAAAUCAGUGGCUAAUUGAAUUUGUAUUAUAGUUUGAAGUAGAUUUUAAAUAAAAACCUAAAGUGUAUUGUUGAUUUCCUACUUCCUUGAAAUCUGAAGA